GAUGCCAGGCGCCCCGCAGCUGGCGAGGUGGGCGAAGCGCGCGGGGCGCUGGAGGAGCGCGGGACUGGAGAGAAGCGCGCGCCCGCCUCCGCUCCGCCUCCGUCCGGGGGCGCGGGCGCAGUGGCCCCGGCGGAGGAUCGCAGGGGGCAGGGCCGAGACAGCGAGGAGGGGCUCGGGGGAAGUGGGAGUGAUAAAAGGAGGCUAGGCUGCCCCACCCCGCGACAGGCCGGCGGGCAGGCUCUUGCGUCCCUUCCUCCGGCCUGUGCCGGCGGCGGCGAACGCGCGGCCCGCUGCCGGCCCAUGGAGGCUUUCCCUUGGGCGCCAGGCUCUCCCCGCCGCGCCCGCGCCUCUGCGCCUAUGGCGCUCGUGCCCAGCGCCCGCUAUGUGAGCGCCCCGGGCCCGGUGCACCCGCAGCCCUUCAGCUCCUGGAACGACUACCUGGGGCUAGCCACUCUCAUUACCAGGGCUGGCGACCGCGGCUCCCCGCACGAGGGGCCCGGGCCCACAGCGGCGGGACCCACGCUAGGGCCGCCCGAGGACGACGAGGAUGACGAUGGCGAAGAGCCGAGGGCCGGGGACCGCUACCUGGGUGGCGCGUUGGAACUGCGCGCGCUAGAGCUGUGCGCCGGCCCGGGUGAGGCCGGGCUGCUGGAGGAGCGCUUCGCUGAGCUGAACCCUUUCGCAGGGCGCGCCGCCGCGGUGCUGCUGGGCUGCGCGCCCUCCACCUCCGCUGCCUCCACGGCCGAAGUGGUGCCGCGCGAGGAGCCGAGCCCUAUGUGGGCGGCCGAGCCUCGUCUGCACGCGGCAUCCGGGGCGGCCGUCGGGCGUUUGCUGAAACCGGAGCUGCAGGUGUGUGUGUUCUGCCGGAACAACAAGGAGGCGGUGGCUCUCUACACCACACACAUCCUCAAGGGCCCCGACGGCCGGGUGCUGUGCCCGGUCCUGCGUCGCUACACGUGCCCCCUGUGCGGCGCCAGUGGCGACAACGCACACACCAUCAAGUAUUGCCCACUCUCCAAAGUGCCACCGCCCGCCGUCCGCCCGCCGCCGCGCAGCACCAGGGACAGCCUGCCCAGCAAGAAGCUGCGUUAGGAGCGAGCUGCAACUUGAAGCUUCGGACACUUGAAGGCAUGGUCGCGCUCCUCUCGCCUGUGAAAUGGUCUUGGUUUUACUGAAACCGGAGGACUCGCAGCACUUUCCUAUGGAGUGGUCGGGUCUUGUUUCUAGUUUCUAACGCGCACAGCCAAAACGGUGAGGGCUGAGCGGAUGUGCCACUGGCUGAAGUGUGGUGAAUGAGGCGCUGUUUACUGUAUACGUGGGCCCAUUUUCGGCACGCAUCAGUAUGAAAUUGUCUGAUCUUGGAUGUUUCGUUUUAUGGAGGCAUUUUAUUAGGUCUAGAGUAUUUUUAAUAGCCUCUGAACUGAGUGCAAAACUACAAUUUUAUGGAAUGUCGGCAAAAAUACUAUUUUAUUGUCUGAUGCAAUUAUUUAGUUUAUCCUUUUUCUGAUUGCAGGUAAAGCAAUUUAGUACACUUCCAGUAUUGAGAGGGUGUUCCUCCUCGUGGGUUGUUUGUCCUAGAUGGGAGACGUGAAGGCACAAACUGUAGCAGGUAGAAUACAGUUUCGUAUCCUUUUUAUGUAUCAGGUAAUUCUACUGAAUUAGCAAGUAGAUCUCCCGCCCUUAAAACUGUGCCAAGUCUUAAUCAUAUUGUGUACAUGUUUGGAAAUGGUGCUGUGUAAGAGAUGUGUAUUUAUAGUGACCAUGUGAAUCCAUUAAUCUCCACUCUAAUUCCUACUUAGCAUUUUCUCUAUGCACCAUCCUGACUGUCCAACUCUUUAUAAAUGUCUGAUGCUAAGGUCAGAAAGGAGGAAACCUAAGGGAGCAAUGUUAACCCACCUUGAUUGCUCAAUUUCAGGGUUCCUCAAUAGAAAAUGGGAAACUAUAGAUAAUGCAAUAACCCGAGUUCCGGAAGGUUCCGCUCUGGGCUGCCUGCCUCCAGAUAUACAGGUAUAUCAUUUCAAGGCUCUGAUAAUUGGUGUUGGAUACAAGUGUCAUAACCUCCUUGGUGGUGGGGUUCCACACUUGGUGGAAGACUCCUGUCUGCUUCCAGAACCCCAAAAGAUUUUCGUUGAGAAUUUCCUAACCCCUUACUUCCUGUAAAUCCAUCACAGUGAAUGCUGGAUUAUGACACAAAGCUACCUACCAUCAAGACAGAACAAGGCAAAGAUGGAAGUGAAUUAAACAGGCACCAACACCAAGUAUAUAAAGCUUCCAAUAGUCGGAUUUGGUUAGGAAUACAAGACUGUCUUUCAUAUUAAGCAGCAACUUCACAACAAACUUAUUUUCUGUGUAAAAGAGGCUGAUGUAAAAAUACUGGAUAGCUGUGAGCCCUAUUGGUAAGAGGUGCUUCAUACCAUAGACAAGGAGAUGGGGUUGGUAGAAAGACAUUAUUAGCAAUGAAGAAAACUAUCCACUAGUUAUAGCCCCACAUCCACUGGGCCUAAGCCUAAACUUGAGUAAUUUAAUAAAACAUGAUAGUUCCUUGUUAUUUUGCUAGAAAACAUAACAUUUGUUUUGGGUGAAGUUCAAGUCAACAAAUUCAUAUCCUCUAACCUAACUGCCCUGCCUUUUCAAAGUAGUAGUCUCAUUGCCUAAAGACCAAAUCAUUCAGCUCUUGUAAUUCCAUCAGAUACUUUCCAAGGCAUGUAUGAAUGCCAGUACAUAAAUACAUGAGCUGAACCAAUGAGUGCAUGUACCUAAAGCCAACUUUUAUUUUCUGACAUUUUACCAGGACCAGGAAUGUUGAGAUGGGCAUUCCUGUUCCCUGGAAUGGAGGGCUCCAUUGAGACAGCUGUCAGAGCACAUCUAAGCUCAAGGACCAGAGUUCGAUCUCCAGCACCCACAGGAAAAUAUGGCCAUGUGGUGUGUUUUUAAUCCCAGUGCUAUUGAGACAGAAGCCAGCUUUGCUACAUGGGUGACCUCCACAUCUGAGUGAAAACCCAAUGUCAAAAUGUUAGGUGGGCUCAUGAAGACUAUCAUCUGAGGCUGACCACAUUCAUCUGUAGAUUUCGCUAACUUUUUAAAGCCAAAAGUAGCUGUGUUCAAAUCACUGGGGAGGCAAAGCCCUCUGCCUGGGGCUCACUAGCCAGGCAGUCUAACUCCCAGUUUAGAGAACUCAAACAGAACACUGUUUGAGGUGGAAUGUGAUUGAGGGCACCAACUGACCUCUGGCCCCCACAUACUUGCACCCAGAACAUGUCCACACAAAAACAUAUCCCAUACCACAUGUUCUUCACCUGAUGCCAAGUCUGUUUCCCAGCUAACAAAUACUGAAAACCUACAAUAUAAACAAAAAAACAUUUCAGGUUUUCUAGAGAAAAUACAUAGGCUGCCUCCUCUCAAAAAAUUUCUAAGGCCAGACAUUGUAUGUGCCUUUAAUCCUGGCACUCAGGAGGCAGAGGAAAGCCAAGUAAUCCUUGGAAUUAUACUUUAUAAAGGUUUUUGCAAAAAUGUUUACAGUAGAGACCCAAGUUUAGUGCCAUAUAGCUCAGUGGUGGAGCACUUGCCUAGACAAGAGUACAUAAAACCCUAGGAUCAAUACCCAUUAUUAUGGAGAAAUAAAAGAAACGUAAAACCCAAAGUUUAAUUCUACAAGUGUGAUAAGGUUGGCUUCUGCCUAGGAGUGCAGUGAAUCUGGCUAGACCACAAAAAUGGUACAGCCCUGUAUCAGCUCCACCAUGGGCAGAGGCACAAGUUAUGCUGUGCUUUAGUCUGCUUUUAUUUAACCAAACUUGUUAAUUCUAAUGGCCUUUUACUUUUUGGUACUUUUUUUUUCUACAAAGUCCUUUUCAGAAGUUAAAUAGCUUUGAUUAGAACUUUUGUCAGAUAUAUUAAACCAAAACCAUGUAUCAGGAAUGUGUCUAUUUCAGGUUAAGUUUGUUGUCUAAGUUUCUUGAUAAGAACAUUCUAAUAGCACUGUUCUAAAAAUAGAACAGCCAAAGAGUCUUUGGGAAAAACACAAAAGAAGUGCAGUUUUCAAGAUUGGGUCUCUCCAAACAAAGCAGACAUGGAAAUUCAGUACCUUUCUGCCUCACCCAGCAAAGUUCUGGGAUUACAGUACCAUGUGGUGCUGGUAGUUCUUGACUAAUAAUACCACAUACAUAGUUUUGACACCCACCUCCACCCCUGGUCGGCACUCUACAGACAAGUACGAUGUACAUCUGAAGGUUUUCUCUCCCUUCAAGCACAGCUAUAGAAGCUGUAAGACUCCAUUUUUUUUUUUUUUUACAACUGCAGAAGCCACAGGGCUCACCUGGCACAUCCAGACUAAUCCGCUUUCCUCUAACCUGCUAAAUGUUGGUGGGGUGGUGGUGGAGGAUGGUCUGUGUAAUGGGAACCCAUAAGCUGGACCACAAAGCAACAUCAUCAGAUCUAUCCGUAUCUACCGCAUCAGUGUCUGGCUCACUAGUAAGCCCAUACCUAGCAGGCCAUUGCCCCAAUAAACCUGUUAAGUACUGUAAGUCUGCAAGUACUUCUUCUACUUGUUUUGAUUGCCACAAGUUCCAUGUGUGAAAUCCCAGUCUUUGGUAACAUGAGACAGAAGCACAUGAUUAAGCAGGAAAGCAUCAGUACUUUUUCUUCUGGCCUAAAAGCUCAACAGAAACUUUUUAAACCACUGUUUAGUAAUUUAUAAGUCUAUACCUUUUAAGUUUGAGACUAUUGUUUUUCUUCUAAUUCAAGAUGAAACCUAAGCUGGUAACUCCUGCACAUCACCUCACAGAACAUUUCAAGGAAAUGACAGUGUUCCAUGAACAAGGGCAUUCACAAACUUGCUAGCUGCCAUUUGCUUCUUGUGUUACUGUUAGGUUAUACUAACAAUGACAUAUUUCAACAGCACUGAUUAAAACUUCACAGGAACUCAAUGUAUAGAAUAUAGCACCAUUAACAAAUCAACACUAACACCAAUUAUGUAAGUAUUUUAUUUAUCACCGAAGAAAAAACACAGCAGCAAGUUCUGUGUUGGCUUCAAUAAGACCAUGGUUACUCUAACACAGCUACUACACUCCAAAAUUGAAGUCAACACAGUCAUCACUACAAAUUACUUGUUGAAAUAAUCUAUCCUGAAGAAAGAAAAUUAGGAAAAAGAAUUUAAACAAUUCCUCCAAACCACACAUUUAUAAAUAUUGUCAUAUUUAAAAUGCUUAAAAGGCAUGAAUUAGUGGAAAAGCAGUUUUCUUUUGGCAACAGAAAAAAAAAAACAAAACAAAAAAAAAACAAACAAACCCACAACAGGUUACCAAAUGCUCUAGGAAUCCAAAGCUGUGCUGUUCUGGACCUGCACUUGAGCAGCACCAUCAUGAUGAUGACUACAAAAUGCUUUAUACUCACCUCUCUCAAGUAAAGUCUACGAAAACCCCAUUACAACCAGUGUUUGCAAUGCCUACACACUGAUCAGAAGCUACAAACUGCCUAAAUGUAGUUAACAGAAAAUACCUAACAAGGUAUGUUCCCAUUACUAUUCAUGGGAAAGCUGUCAGAUCCAUUGGCUUAAUGGGUUUUCAAAUGUUUUAGGAGAACCUUACCUUAUUCCAAAUUAAUAUCUGAUAUUUGAAAAUCAAAACAAAAAGAUCAAUUGUAUACCAAGAUAUGGUGUUAACACCUGAAGGGUUCACAUUUUUAUUUUUUAGUUUUUUUU